CCUGUCCCCGGUCUGCGCGGGGACCCGCCGGAGCGCAGGGGUGCGGACAGGGCCCCGGGAUCCGGUUCGCCCUGGUGCCUUCCCGCGCCUCUUCUGGCUUAGGUCGUUUUAGGGGGGAGGCUUCCUUCUGUCACUUCACAGCCCUGCUGAGGUGAACGCGUGCGCUGGGUGUUUCUUUUUCGGAGGUUUCCAAGCGAUUUGCUCUCCUUAAACGAGGAUAAACUUCAUAACCUGUGGGUGGGCAGCGUUGCACUUGUCGCUGUCGGAUUCUCUCCCUGCUUAAUUAUUCCCGGUUUUCCGUCGUCGUGGCCUCGUCUUUCUUCGGCUGUUGGUAGUUCUCUGUCAUCAGCUCGCUCCUGCUUCUGGCAAGGCGGUUACCAGAAACGUGAAGUGGCCCUGGGCCUUCAGGGUCGCCACUUGUUGCGUCUUAGUUCCAGCCUGAUCUUUCCAUUUCGGUGCUUUGGUCUCCAUCCAGUACUUGCUGCAGAACCGCAGUUGUGGUUCUUCUGCUGGAAAAAUAGAACAAAAAGGUUUUAAAAGCUGUCCCAUGGAAGGGACAGCAACAGAUGUACAAGCUGGACAUAGGCUGGCCUAAAAUUCCAGAGUACUUCACUGGUCAAACAUUUUGUGUUGCUGUUGACUCUCUUCAUGGUUUGGUCUUUGUGGGACAAAGGGGAGAGAAUGUACCAAAGGUACUUGUAUUCUCAGAGGAAGGCUAUUUUCUUUACUCCUGGAAUAAUACAGUUGAAAUGCCCCAUGGUAUCUUUGUAUUGAAUACCGCAACAGAUAGUUCAGUAUGGAUCACAGAUGUUGGAACAGGGAAAUAUGGGCACACUGUGAAGCAGUAUAGCCCUUCGGGUAAACUUAUGCAGAUCUUGGGCACGCCAGGUAAUGCUGGUUCAAGUUUGAUUCCCCUACAAUUCGAUCAGCCAGCAGAGAUCUUUGUAGAGGAAAGUGGAGAUGUCUAUGUUGUGGAUGGAGACGGAGGAAUGAAUAACAGAUUGCUCAAACUAUCCAAUGAUUACAAAGAGAUAUGGCUGACUGGAACAAAUGGGACCGGCAUUGGUCAGUUCAAGAUUCCUCACAGUGUAACACUGGAUCCUUUUGGACGGGUAUGGGUUGCAGAUAGAGACAACAAAAGAAUCCAGGUUUUUGAUAAAGUCACAGGGGAAUGGCUCGGGUCUUGGAGCAACUGUUUUUCAGAAGAUGGACCCUAUUCUGUCAGAUUUACUGCCAAUUACGAGUACCUGAUUGUAGCUCAGAUGAAUAUGAACCGGUUAGCAAUCUUGGCAGCACCACCAGUUGGCUCUAUUGGGGACUGCGUUAUGGUCAACACAGUCCAGCUGGCAGAUGAAACCAAACCACAUCUUGUGGAUGUAGACAUGAAGAGCGGAGCAGUCUAUGUUGCAGAGAUUGGAGCCCAGCAAGUACAAAAAUACAUACCCUUAAGCUGAUGGUUUCCCACAACUGCUGUGGCACGAGCUGUGGUGUGAUAUCUAAGACAUAUGACCACGUUUCCUUGAUUUUGGGUUUGGUUUUUUUUGUUUUGUUUUGUUUUUUUUUGUAGCUUGUUUCCUUAGACAAGCACAGAAGAUUGUGCUCCCAGAACUGUAGAGCUAAGAAUCUCUCCUAGCUGUUCUGCAGUUCUGGAGAAGUCUUGAGCUGUUACUCAGUAAUGCUGUGGUGGAUUUUGCUUUCAUUGAUGGGAAUUGUAUAACGACUUCGAUAAGCAUCUUAAUUUUAUUAUAUAAAACUUUACAAACACAGCUGCUAUUCUUAAAGGUAUAGAGUCAUCUUGCAGCUCCUUUACUUAGCCUCUGUGUGUUGUUAAAUGGUCAGAACUGUCUGAAAGGAGUGUCUAAAUGAUUUCCUGGGAAGCAAGCACCUCAUCUCAAUGUUUUUCGCUUGUUCUUUUGGAAUCCUUGUGCUGAUAGUGCCCAGCACUGAAUACAGAGAUGGAUUAUGAUGUUGAAUAAGGUGCUGCUGGAUACUGGUGUCAGUGCUGAUACUGGUAUCUGCCUUAGGUGGUUAAUGACGUAAGCACUGAAAUCUAAGUUUUCAGCUCUAGCUAAAGUCUGUAAUGAUCUUAAGUUAAAUUGGUAUCAGGCACUUCAAACUAAAUUAAAAGUAUGUGCAUAGCAGCCAAGUGCUGAUUCUUAACUAAAUCAAUUCUUAACCUGAUCUGAUUUAUAUCAGCAUGAGUUUUCUGUUCCAUAAGAUUUCAUUGUGGAACAUUAUUGAAGUUCAACUCAUUUAAGUUCCUCAAGAUAAACAAAUUGCAAUUUGCUAGGGAAGUCUUAAUCGGCAUUAAGGGCUGGGAGACGUGAUUUUUCUCCCAAUUUUAUUGAAGCUCUGUCAGUUAAUAGCAGUGCAUCUGUUUUGAUUUGGGGAUUUUUAACUGUUUUAUAUCCAGCACUUAGACUUCAUCAACUCCAUUAAUGUCUAGAGUUAAGUUUCUUAUGCUAUAUCCUAGUUGAUGUCUCCAAGCUCUGUCCUAAAAAACAAUGUCUCUUUCCAUUCCCAGUCCAGAGUGGUUUACACAUUGCUACAAGAUUUUAAGUUAGUUCACUUUAUAGCACAGAGGGAAAAUGGGGUAGGAAAAUGGCAUAGCAGAAAUGAGACAGUGAAUAACUGAUUCCCUCUGCAAAGCUGUAGACCCACAUUCCAUAUUUAUUUACUAGCUCUUCAAAACAUUUGGGAAGAUUUUUGCUGUUUCCACACACUUACUCUACUGUGUGGACUAUUUUAAUGCUAAUUACCAACUAAGAGAGGCAUUUUUUUUUCCAACUUCCUUAGAAAGGGAAUAUGGGAAAUUAUUCUAAUGGGGAAAAUUCACUUGAGUGAAUGUUAUCAAAAUCAAAUGCAUCUUGACUUGGCAGGUUUCAACCUAUGAUCAUAAAUUUCUGGGUCAGCAGAUGGGAAAACUGUCCAGAAAAGUCAAAUUCGUAUGUUCUGUAGAAAGUAACUCAGCUGUGGAUCCUGAUGGCUUGAUUCCAGUACUAUCUGAGAUUAAUGCACUAAGUAUGAAUACUUUGUUCUUGGCUACAUCUACAGUAACAAAUGCAGAUCUAACCUGGCUGCCCUCAUGCAAGCCGUAGAACCAGAACUUCAGGGUUAUACACUAGCAAAUACGAUCCAUCAUUCACGUGGUCUGGAAUGGGAGCUAGUAAGCAAUAUUUAUUAGCUGAAAAAGUAGCAGUACUUCCUCUAGACCUAGUUGGAUAGGUCCACAUUGCUUUGCAGUGUGUCAUGUGAAUUUUCUAACUAGGUCUCCACUAGCUCAGGGAUCUCUGCUCUGUGUGCAAUUUAGCUGUUUCUCACCUACACGAGGUAGAGUUCUUUUAAAAAUAUUACUGUAAUAUCAUUAACUACAUUUGAGUGUAUCUAGGUGGUGUGAGGGGUCCUGGCACAUCCAUCCUUCCUCACCACGUCCUCUUAUUUAUUUUUCCUUUGUCACAUCCAUUUGAAACUGGACUUGAAGCUCUGGGAUCGUGCUUCUGUGUUCGGUAAAGGAGUAGUGCACUUUUGGAUGUUGACAAGUAAGCUAUUUCUACAAGGUUCUGUUUGCUGCGUGGAUCUGCUCUCAACUCUCUUUUUACAUGGGCUUUUGCAGCCCCUAGAAAUGGGGAGCACUCAUCCAGUUUUACUGAAGUAGGCCACAGUGCCAAAAUGUGCCUUGCCUCUAGGCAUUUGGGUGUCUGCAAUAAGAAGGGAUGCUUGUUAUUAACUAGUAUGAGAUGUUUAGACUCCUUUUUACCUCUGCAUCUAUGACCAGAUUGAGAAAAUGAUUGGUUUGUGCACUAACUUGCUAAUUCUCUGAAGGUUUUCUUAUGUAUCAUCUUGAAACUGAUUUCUGAAAAAUUGCAUUGUAGGAUAAUUUGAUAAAAUAAAUUGAGAAUUUCACAUUAUGAAAGGCUUGGGUGCUUUUUUCUGUACUGAUAUCAAUACUUACUGUUGCAAUGGAUUACUUUUCUAAAUAUGGGGCACUUCAAUAAGGUAUUUAAUGCUUUCUGAUACCAACAUUCAAACGUAAUCUAAAAUUCCAUGUUAUCUUUAGACAUUGCUAUUUCUGUGGCCCAUCUCUUAUGCAUCCUAAUUUAUGUAUCAAAAAAGGCGCAUAAAUCUCUCCCAGAUGUUUUCCUCUGAGUAAUUAGUAUAAAAAAAAAAAUAUUUAAACUGUAUAUCCCAUUGCUGCUAAUAGGGAAAUUAAAAACAAACUAACAAAAUGCAUCUUAAUAUAGAAUCAGGUUUUGUUUCCAGAGAAGAUUUACCAAGCAAUCUGUUUAGAAGAUCAAGAAGGGACUUCUUUGUGGGUUAGAAAUACUUGCCCAAGAAGAAAAAUAACAUAGUACAGUGUUAACCAGACAAGAAAGAAAACAUAAGGUGAUUGCUAGAACCCCCAAAAAACUUCAUUUUAGUUAAUAGGUGUCAACUUGUAAGUGUGAGAAGUAGUCACUGGAGUAUCCAAGUAAAGGAAAUAGGAAUAUGCCAUAUUUUGAUGUCUCCAGUUUUGCAGACGUUUUUGCUUUGGUUUGUUUUGGUUUUUUUUUUAAUUGGUCCUUUUAUUUGGGUAAGUACCUAGAUUGUUAACUGGAUGACAUUCCCGGGAGGUAAGACAGACUAUUAAUACAGCUCAUGCUUAUUUUUCUGUGAUGCUAACCAGCCUUUUUUC